UCUAUUUUUAGCAUUGUGCAUAUUCAUGAUGUGACGCGCUGGAGUUGAGAAAGUUCAACCAACAGAGGGCGCACGUCCUCUUCAUUGGAAAGCCGUGUCCAAAAUGACCAAGGGUACAUCCAGUUUUGGUAAACGGCACAACAAGACCCACACGUUCUGCCGGCGGUGUGGGCGCCGUAGCUACCACAUCCAGAAGAAACGAUGUGCCAGCUGUGGCUAUCCAGCCAAAAAGAUCCGUAGUUAUAACUGGAGCAUGAAGGCAAAGAGACGAAAGACCACAGGGACUGGCCGCAUGCGCUACAUGAAGGUUGUGCACAGGAGAUUCAAGAAUGGUUUCCGCGAGGGAACUAAGCCGAAACCCAAGCAGCGCGGUGCAGCAGGAGGGGCGAAGUCCUAAACCGGUUACAGGCACGCUUUCCACAUAAGCAUAACACAUCAUGAUCAACGGUUCCCGGCAGGAGCGUCCAGUCUACGUAUACAUCGGCACAUUGAUAUACAAUACCCAACUUGACGGCUUUCGUAUGCCGGUAAAUGCAGGAUCAACCCAACAAUCUCUGUGACUUCAACAUUUGUAAAGUUCUAUUUGUUACAUCCGCAUUGAAUUGGAUCUGAUCUGAUUCCGACAACGGCAGAUAGUGAAUAAAAUAGUUGGUGAUGUACAAGUAUA